CUUUGCUUCUUCCUGUGGCUAGAGAACGGCCAAAGGAACUGUAAUGGCGACCGCCGCCGUCGCCCUCUCCUCCCUCCGCUUCCGUCCUCUCUCCGCCGCCGGGGCUCGCCCUAAGGCCGGAAGCCCUAAAAGGCCAUCUCGUCCCAAGCCUAACCUCAAGUCCCGGAAGGUCUCUGGCGGCCCGCCGUCCUACGGCUCCUCGAGCGGCGGCGGUGGGGAGGCCACGACCUACACCCGCCUCCCUCCCAAGGGCGACUUCUCCCUCGAUCCAUCCGUCGUUCCGUUCUCCUCAGCGACCUCCGGUGAAAUUAGGUUGCGUGAGUCGCCGGUUCCGGCUUUAAAUUCUUCUAAGGAAAAGCCUUCGGACCGUCAUCGAAGUAGAGGCUACGAUAAGAAGGCUAAAGGUUCGUUCUCUGUGGAAGUGAUCGAAGAUGAGUUGUUGACGUUUGAACCCGAUGGCAAGUUCUCCCUCGAUCCAUCCCUCGGAUUCCACGCACGAGGCUCGGGCGAGUUUAGGGUCGAACAGGACAUCGAGGGAAGCGACGACGAAUUUUUGGAGUUCGAAUCGGAUGAAGAUGAGGUUAUUGUGGGGUAUGGAUCCACGCAUCCAGAGGUUGAGGCCUCGGAUUUGGAUUUAGAGUCUGAAUCCGAUGGGGAGUUGGAGGGUUAUCUUGAUGGGGACAAUGAGUUUGGGAAUGGAGAAGUGAAGGAGAAGGGGGUUCCUGCGAUUAUGAGAUGCUUUGAUAGCGCGAAGAUAUAUGUGAAGGCCGGGAAUGGAGGGAAUGGAGUUGUGGCAUUUAGACGUGAGAAAUUUGUGCCUUUUGGCGGUCCAUCAGGAGGAGAUGGAGGGAAGGGAGGAGAUGUGUAUGUGGAGGUCGAUGGGGCAAUGAAUUCUUUACUCCCAUUCCGUAAAAAUGUGCACUUCAGGGCUGGGAGAGGUGGGCACGGCCAAGGAAGGAAGCAGGCUGGGGCGAAGGGAGAGGAUGUGGUUGUGAAGGUGGCACCUGGAACUGUGAUCAGAGAGGCCUUCAAAGGAGGUAUGCUGGGUGAGGUGUUGCUGGAGUUAUUGCACCCUGGACAGCGGGCACUGCUCUUACCUGGUGGGCGGGGUGGGAGAGGAAAUGCAUCUUUCAAAUCAGGGACUAAUAAGGUACCAAAGAUUGCAGAAAAUGGAGAAGAGGGCGCCGAAAUGUGGUUGGAUCUGGAGCUGAAGCUUGUAGCUGAUGUUGGAAUUGUGGGUGCUCCAAAUGCUGGAAAAAGCACUCUCUUAAGUGCUAUUAGCGCUGCUCAGCCAACCAUCGCCAAUUAUCCCUUUACAACUUUGCUUCCUAAUCUGGGAGUAGUUUCAUUAGAUUUUGAUGCCACGAUGGUGGUUGCAGAUCUACCAGGUUUGCUUGAAGGUGCUCACAGGGGAUUUGGCUUAGGUCAUGAGUUCCUAAGACAUGCUGAAAGAUGUUCUGUCUUGGUGCAUGUUGUUGAUGGUUCAGGGCUGCAGCCAGAGUAUGAAUUUGAUGCAGUUAGAUUGGAACUGGAAUUAUUUAGCCCAGGGCUCGCAGAGAAGCCGUAUAUUGUUGUAUAUAACAAAAUGGACCUUCCAGAAGCAUAUGAGAGCUGGGAUUCAUUCAAGGAACGUCUGCAAGCUCGUGGAAUCCAGCCUUUCUAUAGUAGUGCAAUGAAUAGACAGGGGACACAUGAUAUUGUGGUUGCUGCCUAUGAACUUUUAAGGGAAGAAAGGAAAUCAAAACGGGAAUCUGAAGAGUGGACUGGUCCAUUGAACCUAAAUCAUGUUGCCGACACCAUACAAAAGCAACGAAGCUCUUCCAUGAAUGAAUUUGAAAUCUUUUACGAUAGCAGCUCUAAUACAUGGCAUGUAGAUGGGGCUGGAUUACAACGUUUUGUUCAAAUGACAAAUUGGCAGUAUUUGGAGUCUUUGAGAAGAUUUCAGCAUGUUUUGGAGGCAUGUGGCGUGAACAAAUCUCUAAUUAAACGUGGAAUUAAAGAAGGGGACACAGUCAUCAUAUCAGAGAUGGAAAUGGUGUGGCAUGAUGAAAUUGAAAAAAAUGAUUCAUCGAGCGUGAGAAAACGAGCAAUUGGUUCUGUAAAAUGGCCGCAAUUGUAUUAGAAGAAUUGUCAAGAAACUCUCUGCCCAUAUACACGGAGGAUAAGUUGUGUGUACUCAGAUGUUAACCCCAAACAAUUUAACGUGUUAACACGAGCUUGGAAAUAUUCUCAAGCGGGCUGUAUCAAAUGCAAUUUGCUCGCUUGAAAAUGAAGAUCCAGCAGCGGACACUUUGACCGAGCCAUCUGAUUAUCUCACCGACAGCGACAGUUGGAUCAUGCUGCCUGUGGUGCAGGUUGGGUCAGGUUCUUUGGGCGAACAUGUGCUGGUUACACGUAGCGACCACCUCAUGUUUGUUGUUCGAAUGAUGUUUGUACUAAUGGUCACAAUGCUCAUGAUGUAUGCAACAUUUGCCCCAAUCUAAUCUCAUUUGCCAAUGACCAAGGCUGUUAACUCUC